UUUGCAUGCAAUGCCUCUUGCUCUGCGCAUUAAUACAGAUAACGGGUCUGAAAGAAUUCUCUUCUGAAGAAGGAUUUGAUUUUCCAGAGUCCUGAUACUGAAAGAAACACGGGUUCAUCCCCCUUUUUGUUCAGGUCUUCCGAACCGCUUGUCAUCUGAAGCGAGCUCCCCCCACCUCUCUCUCCGUACAAACGCGCAGAGGUAUUCUCGCUCCAUGCAAGGAAAGUUACGAGGGACUGUCUGGAGGAUGGAACUGCUAGUUUGCUGAGAGCUUUCUGAUCUCGGAGGGUAACAUUUACGUUAGCACUGCUGAGUUGGUGUAAUGCAAGGAAGGACACAUCAUGACAUGGAAACAUUAUCCUUUUUUGGUCAUAGUAGCUGCAUUCAGCCUUUCCAGUUGCCAUCAGUUACUGGGUCAUCUCAUUCCAGACUCCGACGACCUAGAGAGGGGGACCGACAGCGGGACACCACUCCCCACCUCUGAUAACGGCGACAAUUCGCUGGGCUACACAGGCUCCCGUCUUCGUCAGGAAGAUUUCCCACCUCGGAUUGUCGAACAUCCUUCUGAUCUAAUUGUUUCCAAAGGAGAACCAGCAACUUUAAACUGUAAAGCAGAAGGAAGGCCAACCCCCACCAUCGAGUGGUACAAGGGAGGGGAAAGAGUGGAAACGGACAAGGAUGAUCCCCGCUCCCACCGCAUGCUGCUGCCCAGCGGAUCUUUAUUUUUCUUACGCAUAGUCCAUGGGCGCAAGAGUCGGCCAGAUGAAGGAGUCUAUGUCUGUGUGGCAAGGAAUUACCUUGGGGAAGCUGUAAGUCACAAUGCAUCGUUGGAGGUGGCAAUUCUGCGGGAUGACUUCAGACAAAAUCCAUCAGACGUAAUGGUAGCUGUGGGUGAACCUGCAGUGAUGGAAUGUCAGCCCCCAAGAGGUCACCCAGAACCCACUAUAUCAUGGAAAAAAGAUGGGACCCCUCUAGACGACAAAGAUGAGAGAAUUACAAUCAGAGGAGGAAAGCUUAUGAUCACAUACACAAGAAAGAAUGAUGCUGGCAAAUAUGUUUGUGUUGGAACAAAUAUGGUUGGCGAACGUGAAAGUGAAGUUGCGGAGCUCACUGUUUUAGAGAGACCAUCUUUUGUGAAGAGACCAAGUAAUUUGGCUGUAACCGUGGAUGAUAGUGCAGAGUUUAAGUGUGAGGCAAGAGGUGACCCAGUCCCUACAGUAAGGUGGAGGAAAGAUGAUGGGGAAUUGCCAAAAGCAAGAUAUGAGAUACGUGAUGAUCAUACCCUGAAAAUCCGGAAAGUUAUGGCAGGAGACAUGGGCUCCUACACCUGUGUUGCAGAAAACAUGGUUGGCAAAGCAGAAGCAUCAGCAACUCUGACAGUUCAAGAGCCUCCACAGUUUGUUGUGAAGCCUCGAGAUCAAAUAGCUGCCCUUGGGAGAACUGUGACUUUCCAGUGUGAAGCAACUGGAAACCCUCAGCCAGCCAUCUUUUGGAGGAGAGAGGGAAGCCAGAACCUACUUUUCUCAUACCAGCCCCCUCAGUCCUCCAGCCGGUUUUCAGUUUCCCAAACAGGAGACCUCACUAUCACCAAUGUCCAGAGAUCUGACGUUGGGUACUAUAUCUGCCAGACUUUAAAUGUUGCAGGAAGCAUCAUCACCAAAGCCUACUUGGAAGUCACUGAUGUGAUUGCAGACCGGCCACCCCCUGUCAUUCGACAGGGUCCUAUGAAUCAGACUGUAGCUGUAGAUGGUACUUUAGCACUGAACUGCGUGGCCACAGGCACAUUAAUGCCCACUAUCCUCUGGAAAAAGGAUGGAAUCCUGAUUUCUACCCAGGACUCUCGCAUCAAGCAGUUGGAGACUGGAGCAUUACAGAUCCGAUACGCCAAGCUGGGCGACACUGGUCGGUACACCUGCAUUGCUUCAACCCCAAGUGGCGAGGCUACAUGGAGUGCAUACAUAGAGGUCCAAGAGUUCGGAGUCCCAGUGCAACCACCAAGACCCACUGACCCAAACUUGAUUCCUAGUGCUCCAUCAAAACCUGAGGUUACAGAUGUCAGCAGAAAUACAGUAACACUGUCAUGGCAACCUAAUUUGAAUUCAGGUGCAACACCAACCUCUUAUAUAAUUGAGGCCUUCAGCCAUGCAUCUGGUAGCAGCUGGCAAACUGUAGCUGAAAAUGUGAAAACAGAGAGUUAUGCAGUUAAAGGGCUAAAACCUAAUGCAAUUUAUCUAUUCCUCGUGAGGGCAGCUAAUGCAUAUGGACUAAGUGACCCAAGCCAAAUAUCUGAUCCAGUGAAAACUCAAGAUGUUCCACCAACAAGUCAAGGUGUGGAUCACAAGCAGGUCCAAAGAGAACUAGGUGAUGUGGUGCUACAUCUGCACAACCCUACUAUCCUUUCUUCCUCCUCAAUUGAAGUUCAUUGGACUGUGGACCAGCAAUCCCAGUAUAUUCAAGGAUACAAAAUCCUCUACCGGCCUACACCAGCAUCCUAUGGAGAGUCAGAGUGGUUAAUCUUUGAAGUGAGGACUCCAACUAAAAACAGUGUUGUCAUUCCUGAGCUGAAGAAAGGUGUAAAUUAUGAAAUCAAGGCUCGCCCUUUUUUUAAUGAGUUUCAGGGAGCCGAUAGCGAAGUGAAAUUCGCAAAGACCCUGGAAGAAGCUCCCAGUGCUCCACCUCAGAGUGUUUCAGUGACUAAGAACGAUGGGAACGGCACAGCAAUUGUAGUCGCCUGGCAGCCGCCCCCCGAAGACAACCAGAACGGGAUGGUUCAGGAAUAUAAGGUUUGGUGUCUUGGCAAUGAAAGUCGAUACCAUAUAAACAAGACAGUAGAUGGUUCCACCUUCUCUGUAGUCAUUCCCUCUCUAGUUCCUGGUAUUCGAUAUAGCGUGGAAGUGGCAGCGAGCACCGGGGCAGGACCUGGAGUGAAAAGCGAUCCCCAGUUUAUCCAACUAGAUUCUCAUGGAAAUCCUGUGUCUUCAGAAGAUCAAGUCAGUUUAGCCCAGCAGAUUUCUGAUGUAGUGAAGCAGCCUGCCUUUAUCGCUGGAAUUGGUGCAGCCUGUUGGAUUAUCCUUAUGGUCUUCAGCAUCUGGUUGUAUCGGCACAGGAAGAAGCGCAAUGGACUCACUAGCACUUACGCUGGUAUCAGAAAAGUCCCGUCUUUUACCUUCACACCAACAGUAACAUAUCAGAGAGGAGGAGAAGCCGUAAGCAGUGGAGGCAGGCCAGGGCUCCUAAACAUCAGUGAACCAGCCACUCAGCCAUGGCUAGCAGAUACUUGGCCUAACACAGGGAACAAUCACAAUGACUGCUCCAUCAACUGCUGCACCUCUGGCAAUGGAAACAGUGACAGCAACCUUACCACAUACAGUCGACCAGCCGAUUGUAUAGCAAAUUACAACAAUCAGCUGGACAACAAGCAGACAAACCUGAUGUUGCCUGAGUCAACUGUAUAUGGUGACGUGGACCUCAGCAACAAAAUCAAUGAGAUGAAAACCUUCAAUAGUCCAAAUCUAAAGGAUGGAAGAUUUGUCAGCCAGCCUGGGCAGCCCACUCCUUAUGCCACUACUCAACUCAUCCAGUCAAAUAUCAGCAAUAAUGUUAACAAUGGCAACGGGGAAACGAAUGAGAAACACUGGAAACCCUCUGGUCAGCAAAAGCAAGAGGUUGCACCCAUACAGUACAACAUUAUGGAGCAAAACAAAUUAAACAAAGAUUACCGGGUAAAUGACAACAUGGCUCAGACUAUACCAUACAACCAGUCCUAUGACCAGAAUACAGGUGGAUCCUACAACAGCUCGGACAGAGGGAGUAGUACAUCUGGGAGUCAAGGGCACAAGAAAGGUGCUCGGACCCCAAAGGCUCCCAAGCAAGCUGGCAUGAACUGGGCAGAUCUUCUUCCACCCCCUCCAGCACAUCCACCUCCACAUAGCAAUAGUGAAGAUUACAGUCUUUCAGUGGAUGAAAGUUAUGACCAAGAAAUUCCUUGUCCCGUCCCACCUGCAAGGAUGUAUCUGCAGCAGGAUGAGCUCGAGGAAGAGGAAGAAGAUGAGCGAGGUCCUACUCCACCCGUCCGAGGAGCAGCUUCCUCCCCAGCCGCAGUCUCCUAUAGCCAUCAGUCAACUGCCACUCUCACCCCCUCUCCCCAGGAAGAGCUCCAGCCCAUGUUACAGGACUGCCAGGAGGAUCUGGCACACAUACAGCACCAGCCUGAACGGAGGCGUCAACCUGUGAGUCCUCCACCCCCUCCAAGACCUAUCUCCCCACCACAUACCUAUGGAUAUAUCUCUGGGCCCUUGGUCUCUGAUAUGGAUACUGACGCGCCAGAAGAGGAAGAGGAUGAAGCCGAUAUAGAAGUUGCCAAGAUGCAGAACAGAAGGCUCCUUUUACGCGGCCUUGAGCAGACACCCGCCUCCAGCGUGGGGGAUUUGGAGAGCUCUGUGACAGGGUCCAUGAUCAAUGGCUGGGGUUCAGCCUCUGAAGAAGACAACAUCUCGAGCGGGCGGUCCAGCGUUAGCUCUUCUGAUGGAUCGUUUUUUACCGAUGCAGAUUUUGCACAGGCUGUUGCGGCAGCUGCGGAAUACGCUGGCCUCAAAGUAGCCAGACGUCAAAUGCAGGAUGCAGCAGGAGGCCGUAGACAUUUUCAUGCAUCACACUGCCCUAGACCCACCAGCCCUGUAUCUACGGACAGCAACAUGAGUGCUGUUGUAAUACAGAAGGUCCGACCUGCCAAAAAGCAGAAACACCAGCCGGGACAUCUGCGCAGAGAAGUCUACACAGAUGACUUGCCACCCCCGCCUUUGCCACCUCCAGCUAUAAAAUCACCCACCAUCCAGUCUAAAUCACAGCUGGAGGUGCGUCCGGUCAUGUUGCCAAAACUUGCUUCUAUAGAAGCAAGGACAGACAGGUCUGCAGAGAGGAAAGGAGCGACUUACAAGGGGAGGGACGGGCUGGAUGCGAGGCAGCAUUCAGACGUGCGGACAAACUCGGGAGAACGAAGAGAAUCCCAGGAGCAGCAGAACGAUGGGAAACUGCGGGCAAACAAAGCACCAAAACGAGAUGGCACACCAGCAAAACCUCAUCUUCUUCAAGAGGACAUCCUACCAUACUCCAGACCAACAUUCCCAACAUCAAAUAAUCCUAGAGAUCCCAGCUCCUCCAGCUCUAUGUCAUCAAGAGGAUCAGGAGGCAGACAGAGGGCAGACCAAGCAAAUAUGACACGAAGGAAUGUUGCAGAAAUGCAGGUACUGGGAGCGUAUGAACAAGAAGAGGAAGAAGAAGAGAUGGAGGAAACAGAAAGCUGAAGACAACAACAUGUACUGUAACAGGCUUUUCAAAUCUAAUCAGAAAAAAAAAAAUCACUUAAGAUGCCUCAAGUCUGAUGAUGUUUGACGCCAGAAAUAAUGUUCAGUGCAAUCAGAGUGUACAAUUUUUCCUUUUUCUUCAUACCAUCAGAAUGCUACCUUUUUUCCCUCCCUCUCUUUCUUUGUAAACCCUCCUUAAUAGGAACAGCCUAUUCCGUAAUGCUCAGUGCAUCACCUUCACUGCCCAAGAAGGCAGGUAAGCUGCUCUUUUUGGUACUUGGGCCAUCUGCUGCUUCUGGAGCAGAACAGAUUGAGAUUCCAGAGUCUGGGAUCCCAAGGUAUCUCCCUAGUGAGGCAGUGCAUACUGCACUGCUGCUACACCAGUGAGCCAAUUAAUAACCUUGCAACUAAUGCAACAUUGAUUACACAUUGUUGAUUGGCUAGGGCUGGGUGCUAGGUUGGACUGGAAUGAUCUUGGAGGUCUCUUCCAACCUGGUUGAUUCUCUGAUUCUAUGAUUAAAACCCCCAAAGUGAACAUCACGCAGAACAUUAUUUUUUAUGCUGGGGGUUUGACUGUAGUCUGCUGUUAGAGCAAAUGUUAUCUUGCAGUUCCAAUCCAGACUGCGCAUCUUGUUUUCUGUCAGUCUCUUGAUAACUUUUUUGCAGGCAAUACAGUUCCACAAAUGCAAGCCAAAUUUUUUGGGGGUAAUGUGGCUCUUAUUGUAAAUACGUACUCAUUUUAAAUCCCCUGUGGUACUUUGAUUUGCCUUUCCAUUUCCAUCACUAACUGCAUUCUUAUUAAAAAUGUCCUUUUGGGAUAGGCAGGAGGUGUGCCAAUACGAUGGAGUCACCAUCCCUGGAGGUGUUCAGGAAAAGCCUGGAUGAGGCAGUCGGUGCCAUGGUCUAGUUGACUGGCUAGGGCUGGGUGCUAGGUUGGACUGGAUAAUCUUAGAGGUCUCUUCCAACCUGGUUGAUUCUAUGAUUGCAGUUUGCCUAAUACGAUUGCAAUUUGCCUAAUCACAGCACGAGCAAGUUUAUCUCAGUCUUCUUCCUGAUUUGCAGCUUGAAUAAUGCUUGAGUGCUGGUGGAAAUAAGCAGGGAAAAAAAAAACAUCCGUGGACAUUUUUAAUAACGAUUGGGUGACAUCAUUAACUGUUACUGGCCCAAAUCUCAGACCUCUACUUGUGUCAAUUCACCUUAAAGAAGAAGUGCCACUUAAAAAAGAAGUUUCCUUUGAUCUUGGCAAUUAUUUUUCUCUCUCUUUUCUUUUUUUUUUUUUUUUUUUUGGUAAUGCACUGCUUAUCUUUUUUUGUUUGUUUGUUUUUGGUUUUAAAAGCACAAUCACUAAACUUUGUUUGUAAACCAUUGUAACUAUUAACCUCUUUUUUGUGUGUGUGUGUGUGUGUCUUAUCGAAAAAAUGUUAAGCAAUCCUUUGGGUUAUUUUUCUUUCAGUCUUUUUGUUAAUGCUCUACGUUUGUAUUUGGGAUAUUUGAAUGGUGACAGACGGUUAAAAGUGUAACAAAUGUGGGCCAGAAUUGAAACACUUCUCACUUUCUCCUGGACUUAACAGAAAAUUGCCUCUCUCAACAUUUGGAUUAUCAUGAAAGCUGAAGCGGGGCCGGGGGGUGGGGUGGUGGGAGGGCGUCAGUUGCGUUGAGUUUUGCCAAAUGAUGUCCUCUGUCUGUAGAUUUUAUGACCUUUUGGGGUUUUUUUUGGUUCUUUUGUAAUGAUAAAAACUCCUUGUCAUUGGUGCUAAUGGAAAAAUGUGUGUUUGUUAAUUAUUGACAGCUAUCAGGACUAGCCCCAAUGGAGAGAAAAAAAAAACAAAAAACAACAAAAGCAAAAAAAAAAAAAAAAAAAAAAGUGUUUUGGUGUUUCCCAAGGACUGAAAUUUUUCAUUUAGCUGAUUUUUAAAGAAAGGUUCCAUAGAAAGGGUGUUGCAGUUCACUAAAGGAACAAUCCAUGUGAUUAAUGUUUUCAUUACGUUCAUGUAAGAAACCUCAUAUUUUAGCCAUAAUUUUUUGCAUACUGAGGAUUCAAUAAUCAGAAAAGUAAUUUUUGUCACAUUAUUUAUUAAAAAUGUUCUCAAAUACA